CUGACACAGAGAUGCGCGUCAUGGAGCGCACUUUCCGAGAGCAGCUCUUCUUCCUGGUGCUGUGCCUGUCUGUCCUCAAGGGAGACUCCAGAUAUAUAGAGAACAACGAGAUCUCAAAAGAUGAAUUAUAUUCAUUUUUCAACUCGGAACUCAAGAGAGAAAUACCUGAAGAAUUACUGUACCGCCGACCUUUACGUUGUCUGGACAUGGUUGCAGUGGAGGGUCAGUUCACCUUCACAGCAGAGCGUCCUCAGCUCAGCUGUGCUGCUUUCUUCAUGGCAGAGCCAAACGAAGUGAUCAGUGUGGAUUAUGACAAUGUAGACAUCGACUGCAGGGGAGGGGACUUCAUCACGGUGUUUGACGGCUGGGUGAUGAAAGGUGAGAAGUUUCCCAGCUCCCAGGAUCACCCGCUGCCUCUGUACGAGCGCUAUGUGGAUUACUGCGACACAGGUUCACUGAGGAGGAGCGUGCGCUCCUCUCAGAACGUGGCCAUGGUCUUUUUCCGCAUUCACAACGCCGGCAGCAGCUUCACGCUGACAGUCAGGAAACACAUCAAUCCUUUCCCCUGCAAUGUCAUCUCCCAGUCACCAGAGGGCAGUUACACAAUGGUGAUCCCUCAGCAGCACAGGAACUGCAGCUUCUCCAUCAUAUAUCCAGUGGAGAUCGACAUCUCUGAAUUCAGCCUCGGACAUUACAACAACUUUCCUAAGAGGUCACUGCCCGGCUGUGCAGAAUCAGGAGAUUUCGUGCAGCUGCUGGGAGGAAACGGCAUCGACACAUCAAAGCUGCUGCCUAUCACGGACCUCUGCAUCACCUUUACUGGACCCACCCACAUGAAGAUCGGCUGUGAUAACACCGUGGUGAGGAUGGUGUCCAGUGGGAAGUUUGUCAGCCGAGUGUCUUUCAGCUACAGGCUAUUGGACAGCCAGGAGCUGCAGACACUUAAACUCAACAAUGUGGAGGAUUUCUGUUUCAAUAACUGA